AGGCGGGAAAUUUAAAACUUGACCUACAUUCUUACAUCACCAUGUGCGUGUGUCACUAUAACAGCCUACAGUGCCGUGUGUGUGUGUUGCAGGCUAUGCAAGGCAUGGUGAUGGUAGGGACGGUAGUGGCGGCGGUGGUGGCAACACUGGUGUCAGGUGUGGCGUCAGGCGGCAGACACGACUCCUCAGCAGCCGACGCCCUGCAGGCCAUGCACGAGGCGGCCAUCGCCGGGCUCCUGGGUCCCACGGAGAUCCAGUACCCAAACCGACCCAACAUGUUCAAGUCCCCCGUGGAGCUCAGGCAGUACCUGGAUGCACUCAACGCUUACUACGCCAUCGCUGGGAGACCAAGGUUUGGCAAGCGUGGCAGCCACGGUCCCCAGCGCACGGAGGAGGUCUACGACUACUGACCAACUAGGCCCUCUCGAUCCAAGUACAACUCUCACUCCCAUUAUCCAACCUCCACAAAGCCGACUUCAGCGUCGGCUUGCCACAUGCCCGCAUAACAUCCACACAUCAUUGACUGACACUCAGAAAUAAAUGUAACGCCUACUAGCCAUCCUGUCACAAAGGUUUAUGACGAUCUCUGUCUGGCCAGCAACUGAAGUCUACGGCCACACUUGGAACGUCCUCUUGUCUCAGAUUAAAACAACACAUUACUUUCCAGAGGAACACCAAUAUUUUUACUCAUAUGCACCAUGACACAUCUUUUCCAAUCAGAAUAGAUAAGAGCAUCCCCUUGAGAGUAGCUAAUGACCUUGAAUGGCUCCGCAGACGCCUAACAUCUUACAAAACACGCUCGCUGGUCUCGUCGUCUGGUCUCGAUAUGGAUACUUGCCUCGGUCGAAAUAUGGUAUAUAUAUCCCCCUAUAUUCUAAGCUGGUCUAGCAAAGAAUAUUUAUGCCCUCGUGACACCUCAAGCGAUAGCGCUAAUGAUCCGAUCAGAAGCGCCAACAGGAACAUCACGCCCUCCCUCUGGUCAUCGUCCGCCUUACCUCCCGCCACACCCUCAGUACCAACACAAAUAAAGUUUCUAACCAGCUGCGCCGGGCCCGAAGACCCUGCUACCCUUCGACGCAGGGCCCGAAGACCCUGCGACCCUUCGAUGAAGGGCCGAAGACCCUCGACCCUUCGACGCAGGGCCGAAGACCCUGCGACCCUUCGACGCAGGGCCGAAGACCCUCGACCCUGCGACCCUUCGACGCAGGGCCGAAGACGCCCCCAGGUACACCAGAGGCUUCUGCCUGGGGACGUCCAUCGGCUGAUGUUGCUACUUGAAUCCGUGUUGAAGAAGUUGUGACAAGACCUUGCUUCUGUUGACCCUGCUCCGCACUUCUCCGUCUUGACUAAAGAUAACAAGACUUUGAUCUCGCUUGUUUAUAGCCAGCACUACCUUUCAGAGAACAAAUCAUUUAUGUAUUAUUUUGCCAUAUAUUACACUGUGUGUUGCCUAACAUUAUAUACUGAGAGAGAAAAUAUAUAUUAAAAAAAAAGU